UUUUCCUGCGACAGGACUUUUAUUUUGAAAGGCAGGAAGAUUACCGGUCAUGAGCCUGAAACUGUGAAGCUGCGAUUGACCAGCAAUUUGACUGCACUGGAGAAUACAUCGCACCAUGCUGCCUGACAAAGAUGGUCCAGGUGUUGGAGGCAGACAGAGCUCUCCUGAGGGAGAGGAUCUGUCUGUGAGUCUGUUCAGAGAGUACCUCCGCCUCAAAACUGUCCACCCAGACCCUGACUAUGAUGCUGCUCUUCGUUUUCUGGACAGAAUAGCUGAGGAGCUUGAUCUACCCAUGAGAAAGAUUGAGGUCUGUCCAGGCAGAGUAGUGGCGAUCAUGACUUGGGAAGGGAAGAACCCGACGUUGAAGUCCGUCUUACUGAAUUCCCACACUGAUGUUGUACCAGUUUACCAGGAACAUUGGAAAUACGAUGCUUUCAGUGCUUUCAAAGAUGCAGAGGGCAACAUUUAUGCCCGGGGAACACAGGACAUGAAAUGUGUAACUAUACAGUACAUCCAAGCAGUCAGAAGGCUGAAGGCAGAGGGACGGAAACUGAUGCGCACUGUGCACCUGAUGUUUGUUCCUGAUGAAGAAGUUGGAGGUCACAAGGGAAUGGAAUCAUUUGUGAAGAAUCCGGAGUUCAAAAAAUUGAACAUCGGCUUUGCCCUAGAUGAAGGUCUUGCGAACCCUGGUGAGGCCUUCACUGUGUUUUACGGAGAGAGGAACCCUUGGUGGAUUACAAUCCACUGCCCAGGCAGUCCAGGUCAUGGGUCGAGGUUUGUGGAGAACACGGCUGCUGAGAAGCUGGAGUUUGAGCGACAAAUUAAGGAGUGGUGUAAAGAAGCAGGAGAAGACGUCACUUACGAAUUUGCUCAGAAACACAUGAACCAGAACAUGACUUCUACAGAGGAGAAUGAUCCCUGGUGGAGUGCCUUCAGUGCAGCCUGCAAGGCAAUGAACAUAACUCUGGAAAAGGAGAUAUUUCCAGCUGCCACGGAUAGCCGUUUCAUCCGAGCCGUGGGUAUCCCUGCUAUCGGCUUCUCCCCAAUGAACCGGACUCCAAUCCUGCUGCACGAUCACAACGAGUUUCUGAAUGAGAAAGUCUUCCUGAAAGGCAUCAGCGUGUUCGAGAGGCUCAUCUCCGCUCUUGCCAGUGUUCCUGCCUUCCCUGAUGAGGCUUAGACAAGUCUUCAUUUUAAUCCUGUCUAAAAACGUAUUUCACUUAGGGUAUUAAUAUUUAACUUGAAACUUGAACGUUUUUGAAGAGAUUGCCAAAGAAUAAUAACACGUAUCAUUUAGCCAAACUGAGCACUUAGCCUUUGGUACUUUUAUUUUUUUAUUUUGUGAUUCUCAGGAUAAAGGCACGAUAAGGUUUGCAUUUUACUUUUGACAACUUACUUGCCUGUGUACACAGUCUAAAAGAUGUAUCACCCAUUGUGAAAGCAAUGUUCUCAUUUACUAUGGAAAAUGAACUAACUGAAACGUGAUGACGACUUUGAUUGAUUUACACUUUGAUCAAAUGUCAAUUAAUUGCCACUUUUCUCAUUGAGCCUGAUUUUAAAACUAUUAUUCCACAGAUAUAACUUUAUUUAAUAAACUGAAAUUGAAUAAAUAUAUUUGUUCAUUA